AAACCACUAGUGCCACAACCCUCGCCGGAGAUCAGUCAACCCGCCGCUUUUACACAGGCUAAGAGAAUGGGUACCAAACUUUUUUCGAGUCAUCCAAGAGCCAAUUACAAGUCAUCUGAUGGCAUAUGAUCAUCAUCGUGACUAAUUAUGCAGUUUCAGCCUCCUAACGCUUGGUGCACAAUUUAUCAUUCAUUAUAUAUUUAUCCUCAUCCCUCGCAUUUGCUGAGAGUCAUAUGAAUCAACCAAUAUAUAAAAAGAAAACACAUUGACGAGAGUUAUUCUAAACAUCGAAGACACCCACUAAUCGUUCAGACACUUUUCUUGUGCUAUGUUCAGCUUGACGGCGAGAGGAAUAAGCCGAGCUAAGCAGCCAGGAAUGCCUGACGGGAAAAAUGCCAAGCUUGGAUUUCUUAAUUACGACAUUUCCACCGCUUUGGAAGAACUCGACUUCACAAGAGCAUUCGGACCGGGGAUUUUGGCGGCUUUGUUCUAUGGGAUUGUGUCGGGAUCGAUGUCGUUUGUUAAUAAGAUUGUAAUGACCUCAUAUACCUUCCAUUUUCCAAAUGUUCUCAUGUUGGCGCAAGUGAUUAUGUUAUCCAUUGCUGUUGAAGUUGUGAGGCUUCUAGGAUAUUCCAAUACACCAAAGUACACUCUAGAAAGAGGAAAGAUGUUUUUUAUUCCUUCAAUAUGUUUUGCCCUUCACACAACAUUAGCUCUUCAAGCCCUGGAUUAUUUGACUAUUCCAAUGUACAAUGUUUUACGAAGACUUCUCCCCCUGACAAGUUUGUUGUUUGCUUGUGUUAUGUUGAAAAAGAAGCCAUCCCUUAUGGUUGUUACAUCUGUUAUUCUUGUUGUGUUUGGUUGUAUUACAGCAGGAUUUGGAGAUCUAGAGUUUUCAGCCUUUGCUUAUGCCUCUGCUCUGCUAAGUGUGAUUUGCCAGUCUUUCUAUCUUACCUACAUCCAAAAGACAGGUGCAGAAAAGGGUCUAUCAGCCCUGACUGUACUACAUACAAACAGUGUCAACUGUAUUCCUCUUCUGCUAAUUUACACAUUGUGCAAUAAAGAGCUGCUGGCAGCUCUAAGAUUUGAUGGAUACUACUUCAUUGAAUUUCAGGCUGCACUUUUUCUUGACAUUGGGAUGGGCUGUAUUUUGAGUUAUUCUCUAUUUUUAUGCACAACAAUGAACUCAGCAUUAACAACAAGCCUUGUAGGUGUCGUCAAAGGUGUAUUGACAACCAUCAUUGGAUUUUACACGUUUGGUGGAGUGGCUGCCACAUCUUUAACACUUAUAGGAGUUUCCCUAAAUACCCUUGGGGGAGCCUUCUACUCUUACGCUAAAUACUCAGAGAACAUGGCAUUAGGAAUUCAGAAACAUUUCCACAAGCAUACUAUAGAAAUUGAGCCAGUUCUUGCAACCGAGGAACAUAUAGAAAAGGAAAAGAUUGGAUCUCGUGGCCUUACCAAUUGGACUCAAAAUAGUUUUGUGCCUGACGACUCCAUGAGGUCAUCUGCUGUUUUUGUAGAGGAUCUUUCAAACGACUCAGACUCGGGUUUAGGAUAACUCGCAGUUUGACAAUGGAAACUGCGGUAAGAGUGAUCGUAUGGGUCUCUCAGAUGGUAAGCUGGCUCUGUACCUCACCUUACAGUUUUACCUUGUGAUUUGGAGUAGAAAGUUGUUUAAAUAGGAAAAAUACACUUCGAUUCAGGGAACUGGCAUUAUGCUAUAGCUGAGGCCUUCAGUAAUGGUUGUUUUUCUGACUGGGCUAUCUUGACCAGUUGUCACAGCAGUAAAAUGAGUUCAGGCAACUUUGACAUUGGCAUAACUAUACAGUGUCGUGUUAAGACUUAAGUCUUAAGGCGAGUUUUUCUCCAGUUUAGGCUCAUUUCCCAAUCUGGGAAUGAUCAUCAAGGCCAAUAGGUCACAAAACUUCAUGUACCAACCAUCUCAAACGUGUAUCUUAACCUUCUUAUUUAAUUUUAUUAUAAAAAGGUCUUAACUGAAGAAUAUUUUUACAGUUGAUAUUAUAGCAAGUACACCUCUUUUUUAACAGCUGCCACACUAAAACUAAGAUAUGAAUGAACUAAUCAAUAAAUACUGCGUGCAAAUGAUAAAAUAUUCAAUAAAUGAAUAGUACAAGUUA